AAGGAGGCGUGCCCGCGAGAUAACACAGCGCAUGCGUUCUACGGUGGCAGCUUACAGGCUUCUGUGGUGAAUUGUGGGUAGGAGACGGGUGGAUUCGCCGCCAUUUCGUGAAGACAGAGAUACGAGAAGGAGGUGUUGCUGGAAUACAGCCCAGUGAUUUUAUCACAGCCACCGCUUGCUGGACUUAAAGUGUGAACCAUGGGAUCAGAUAAACGUGUGAGUCGCAGUGAGCGGAGUGGAAGAUAUGGUUCAGGGUUUGAUAGAGAUGAUCGUGAUGAUAGAGACAAUAGGAGCCGUCGCAGAGAUUCUGAAUACAAGAGAUACCGAGAUGAACGGAGUGACCGCUAUGAUGAUUACAGAGAUUAUGACAGUCCCGAACGUGAUAGAAUGCGUGACAGGGAGAGAAGGAACAGUGAUCGAUCAGAAGAUGGCUAUCAUUCAGAUGGUGACUAUAUGGACCAUGACUACCGUCAGGACUAUUACAUGGAUGAAAAAGAGAGCAAGACAAUCAUGCUGAGGGGACUCCCCAUUAAUAUUAAUGAGAAUGAUAUUCGUGAGCUGGUGGAGUCUUUUGAGGGGCCACAGCCUGCUGAUGUACGGCUGAUGAAGAGAAAGACAGGUUUAAGCCGCGGUUUCGCCUUCGUGGAGUUUUAUCACUUGCAAGAUUCUACCAGCUGGAUGGAAGCCAAUCAGAAAAAGCUUGUAAUCCAGGGAAAGACUAUUGCCAUGCAUUACAGCAAUCCACGACCCAAAUUUGAGGACUGGCUGUGUAACAAGUGUGGCCUGUACAACUUUCGGCGAAGAUUAAAAUGCUUCCGCUGUGGGGCAGCCAAAGCUGAAUCUGAUAUGGAAGCCCCAUCAGGAUCAUCUGAAGCUCCUCAGUCUGCUGAUUACUAUAGUGACACCAUAAUCCUUCGGAAUAUUGGGCCCCACACUGUAGUGGAUUCCAUCUUGUCUGCGCUUGCUCCCUAUGUCUCACUUGUGGUCAGCAACAUCCGUCUUAUUAAGGACAAGCAAACCCAGCAGAACAGAGGCUUUGCUUUUGUGCAGCUUCCUUCUGCUCUGGAGGCAUCACAACUCUUGCAAAUUCUGCAGACUCUGCAUCCCCCUCUCAAAAUUGAUGGGAAAACUAUUGGUGUGGAUUUUGCAAAAAGCGCUAGAAAGGAUCUUGUGUUGCCAGAUGGGCACAGAGUUAGUGCAUUCUCUGUGGCAAGCACAGCUAUUGCUGCUGCACAGUGGUCUUCAACACAGCCGGCGCAGCAAAGUGGGGAAGGUGGGGAUUAUGCAUACCUGCAACCAGGACAGGAAGGUUGUUCUAAUUAUGGACAAUGCUCCCAAGAUUACCAACCAUUUUACCAAACACAGACUGGAGCAGCAGAGCAAGGCACAGCACCACAAGCAGAGAGUUCCUCUCCAGUGCCAGCAACUACAAGUGCAGUCGUGUGUCAAAGUCCUCAGAUGUACCAGCAACCUGGUUCUCCGACCCAGUCUAGUACAAGUACAGUAGCUGCCAGCGCAACUCCAGCAUCUGGUACUAGCGCAGAAGAAGCAGCUGCUCCUAAUGCCAUUGUUCCUGGACUAAAAUACUCUGUUCCAGAUACUUCUACAUAUCAAUAUGACGAGAGCUCAGGAUAUUACUACGAUCCCCAAACUGGCCUGUACUAUGAUCCCAAUUCUCAGUAUUACUACAACUCGCUGACUCAGCAGUACCUAUAUUGGGAUGGUGAAAAACAAACUUACUUGCCGGCUGCUGAUGGAGCAGGUCAAAGUGGAACACAGCCUAAUGGUGCAAAUCCAGGCACUUCCAAGGAAGGAAAAGAGAAAAAAGAAAAGCCGAAAAGCAAAACCGCUCAACAGAUUGCAAAGGAUAUGGAGCGAUGGGCCAAAAGUUUAAACAAACAGAAGGAAAAUUUCAAGAAUAGCUUCCAGCCACUCCGUGAUGAAGAGAGAAAAGAGUCUGCAGCAGCCGAUGCUGGAUUUGCUUUGUUUGAGAAAAAGCAAGGAUCAUUGUUGGAGAGACAGUUUCUGCCAGAUAUGAUGAUGAUGGUUAACACUGAGGAAGAAAAGCCUCCAAAUACAGCUCUGGUUGCUGCUUAUAGUGGUGAUAGUGACAAUGAAGAGGAGAAUGAGAGAUUUAUUGGGGCAGUGGAUGAUGAAAAGUUGAUGGACUGGAAGAAGCUGGCAUGUCUUCUAUGCCGCAGACAAUUCCCAAAUAAAGAUGCUCUGACAAGACAUCAGCAGCUGUCAGACCUACAUAAGCAAAACCUGGAAGUCUAUAGGAGAUCAAAGUUGUCUGAACAAGAGUAUGAAGCAGAACAAACCGAAAGAGAGUCAAAGUAUAGAGACAGAGCAGCAGAAAGAAGAGUGAAAUAUGGAAUUCCAGAGCCCCCAGAACCCAAACGCAAGAGAUUUGCCCCUACUGUGGUGAAUUAUGAGCAACCUACAAAGGAUGGCAUUGAUAAUAGCAAUAUAGGAAAUAAGAUGCUACAGGCCAUGGGCUGGAAGGAGGGCUCAGGACUGGGCCGAAAGAGUCAAGGAAUCACAGCUCCUAUUCAGGCUCAGGUCAGAAUGAGAGGGGCUGGUCUGGGAGCCAAGGGCAGCUCCUAUGGAGUGAACACAUCAGACUCCUACAAGGAUGCAGUGAGGAAAGCAAUGUUUGCGCGAUUCUCAGAAAUGGAAUAAUGAGAAACUUGAAAACAACUUGAAAAACUGUAGCCUUGGCUGGGUAGAAAACCGAAACAUCCGUGCGGUUUCUCUUGAUAAGCAAAACUGAAAAAUUCCUGGAGGACAGAGUUCUUGAGCAAUGGGAGAAUUAACAUGUAAAUGUGUAAUAUAUAUAUAUUGUACAGUGUACAUAUUUUUUUGUAGACAUUUAAACCAUCAAAAAACAAUAUUUGCAUUAGAUUCAGGUCUGUUUCUGUAUGUGAAACACUAAAAGUGGGUUGGUAAACAAUCAGUUUCCUUUCUUACAAACGUUACAAUCUUUAUUGCAAGAUCAGUUUUGUUAUAAAGGUGGUCAUAGACGCACAGAUAAUAUUGUAUGAAAGUCUUGGAUAUCCGUUGGCUCGUCGAUCGGGCCGAACGGAAAAUUUUGAUUGGGUGCCUUUGAAGGCUUCCAGGCAUCGCCCAUUGUUAAUGCUGAAUCUUCAGAUACAAAUUCUAUUGUUUCUACCUGUAUAUCUGACCAUUCAGCUCUACACGUGUAUUGAAACAAACUAUCUUUCUUGGAAAGAUCUUAAUUGUUACAUGUAUGGCCUCCUUAAAGAACAAGGAAAGCUAAACUAAAGAAGUAGCUAGAAAUGUAAAUUGUUUUGGGCUUCUGCACCAGCCCAAGGCAACCACAGCCCUUUAGCAGUAAAGAUCUGUGUCUCCAAAGAUGCCCCAGUAGCUCCCCGUCUUCUUCUUUUCUGCGGAUUCACUGCACAUGCUCUGUGCUGCUGUCAUUUACUGAGCUGCAAUAAGUUCAGUAUAUAAAAUAUGCCAUUUUAGCCAUAUUCAUUUUUAGGGUUUAAUUCUCCUUUAAGACUUAAUACAAGCACACAACUUGGCUCCCUCAUAGGACACGGUCAUCUGCUCAUAGUACAGUAUGGAGCCAACUUUGUAUAUGGAAAAACUUUGUGCUUAAAUGUCUGAUGUGUGUUGUGUUUUGUUUUUUAUUAUUAUUUUGGACUUAUUGCCCAAAUAAAUUUCAAAGUAAAUGCCAAA